CUCUAGCAGAUCACUUGCUGCAUUGCGGACUUCCUCAGGUUCUAAGCAGCCAUAAGCCAGGGUAAGCUCUAGCCUAGCUGCUCGUAUUUUCCCACUAUUCAACUGCGGCUGGGGUCUUUCAGGCUCUCUCUCUUCUCAGGCGCCCGCAGAGAUGGCCGCACCCGCGAUCAGGCCCUCCUCAGCCUGUCUGCGGUACCUUCGAUCGCAAAGCAUGAUGAUCAGCUCGCCUAUACUAUCCUCAACUCGGUCGAGUCUGAAGCAAAAUCUCCCACUCACAUCCUGCACGUAUCGAAGCCCGUCAACAUGCAUCCGAUCUUUCUCGUCGAUGCCAGCCCGGCAAGAUUGGCUGCAACCGGUCCGACCGGAGAAGAGGAAGUCAAUGGUGGGAAGACCACGGAUGCCUACGGGAGGAUCAAUACGCGGAACUACUAUCGUGUGGGGAGACUAUGGCCUACGAAUGAAAGACCACGAUCGACGAGUAUCCGCGAAACAGCUGCGAACGGGCGAACAGACUAUCCAUCAAAGGCUGCGAGGCGAGCGUUACAAACUAUACAAAAGAGUCAGCGCGAACAUUGGCGUCUACACGAAAGGCAGUGAUGUGCGUAUGGGUAAAGGAAAGGGUAAAUUCGACUAUUGGGCAGCUCGGAUACCCGUCAGCAGAAUCAUCUUCGAGCUCAAGGGAGACAUUCACGAAGCGGUGGUAAGAGAUGCGUUCAGGUUGGCUGGUAACAAGCUGCCCGGCAUGUACGAGUUUGUCAAGAAAGGCGAUCCCCCUGUAGUUGGUAUUACGAAGCUGGGGAACGGGGUGACGCUGGAAUCGCUGAAGGAGGCUAAGAGGCCGGUGGAACCAAAGGACAAAGUGCCUGGACAACCUGUUGCGCCUCCAAUGAUGGACGUGCCUCCGCAAUCAGUCGCUACCGACAUGGACAAGCCACCAACGACUGUGCACGUUUCUCCCUGAGGUGUUGUAUUGAUACAAUAUCUCUUGCGAACCGACUGCUGCACCCUUACGCUCCAACCUCUGUGUUUUCGUGAUCUGAUCCUGGACCGUAUCCUUGCUUAGGACGCGCAUCGUCUUGGUGUCCGGUCUGAUCUGGAACACCUCCAUAUCCACCUUCUUGGCCUGCGGAUCCAGACGAAGUGGUCGUCUUGCCUCCCAUACCAGAUUCUGAGAUGUUCUGGCCAUAUCUGAUAUUUUCUGCAGUCUGCUGUCCACGAUCUGCUGAGGUGGAGGCUUCUUCGGACGUGUUCGAACCAGCUGGACAAAGGUCAGAGCAGGACAACGAGGGCUUGAGAGAAUUUACAUACAGCCCAAUUGCCCUCUUUGUUUAGAGGAUGGGAGUGUCUCUGUCUUGAUUGACUCGUAUCUGCGCAAUCGAGUCAGUCGUUGUCCGGCACAAGGAGAGAUGCACAAGGAGAGAUCCGGGGCCAGAUCAUAGCAUACUGAGGUGUUUCGCCUCCAGGCGCUGUAUCCAUAGUCUUGUCGUCGGAAUUUGAGUCGCUCAUCUUGUAAUUUUUGAAGCUAUCGUACCAAUCGCAGGUCAGUACGGUGUCUAUGGUUUGGCUGAUUGUGUGGAAGAGGUCCAUCUAAAUGAAAAAAGCUACAUCCUACCUAUGCCUGGGGGGAGGAGUAU